AAGAGUCCUCAUGGCCAUACAAGACCUCCUGCAUCUCUUAAGCAUAUUAUCUUGAUGCCGCUAUCACAGAUAAAGAAAGUCCUUGAUAUUCGGGAAACUGAUGACUGUCAUAAUGCAUUUGCAUUGGUUUGUGCGACCUCCAACAGAACAGACAAACCAGUUAUUUAGUUUUCAGCUGACAGCAGAAGAACCUCUGAAGGUAGAUUGGCUAAAGAUGUUGUGCCGGCACAUAGCCAACACCAUUUGUAAAGCAGAUGCUGAAAAUUUGAUUUAUACUACUGAUCCUGAUUCAUUAGAAGUGAACACAAAAGAUGUGGAUAGUACAUUAAGUCGAGCGUCGAGAGCUAUAAAGAAAACUUCCAAGAAAGUCACAAGAGCAUUUUCAUUCUCUAAGACUCCAAAGAGAGCCCUGCAGAGGGCGCUGAUGGUUCAUAAUACGCCGGAUAGCAGGAGUCCUGGUCCAAGCACUGAGGGAUUUGCAAGUAGUCGCAUGCCAAGUACCACUUCUCUAGCAAAUGUCCAAUCACCUUCUUUGGUAAACUUAUUUGAACGAAAAUACCAUACAUUCAGUCGGUCAACGACCCAUCUUAUCUGA